CGAGCGGACGGGGGGUGGGGGCUCGGGAAGUGAUGGCGGCCGACCCGCAGCUGGAGCUGGACGAGCGGCUGCGGGAGGCCUGCAGUAUCGGCGACGCCGAGGCGGUGCGGCGGCUGCUCGGCAGCGGGGCCCGUGUUAACGGGCGGAACCCCGUCAAUGGCUGGACCUGCCUACACUGGGCAUGCAGACGGGGUCACCAGCACAUCGUGCCUGACUUGCUGGAUGCUGGGGCUGACAGUGGAAUCCUCACCAGCAGAGGUGAAAGUGCGGCCCAGCUCACAUCCAAACCAGAGAUCAAAGCAAUGUUAGGAGGUAACUGUCCCACGCUCAUCGAUGAGGACCCAGGGCCGGCAGUGAACGGACAUACGGAGCUUCCAAUCGUUCCUAACUACCUGGCUAACCCACCCCUUCCAAUCCUGGAGAGCCGGAGGGGCUACAGCUCUAGCCCAGGCACCGGUUCACCGGCUCCCACUGCCCACAUGCAGCCAGUCCCCACCGUCACACACCCUGCACCGGUGUUGGUGCCGGCAGUGAGCUCUGCCCAGUCCCAGCCGCUCUUCUGGAUGGGAGCCCUGCCUGGAAGUGAGCAAGAGCUGGUGCUGAAAGUUCGACUCCACAACCCGGCAGCCGAGCGUAACGACUUCAUCGAGGUGGAGCUGGAUCGCAGAGAACUGACAUACCAAGCACUGCUCAGGGUCACUUGUCAGGAGCUGGGAAUUGGCCCGGAAAGAGUGGAGAGGAUCCGGAAACUACCCAACACACUGCUGAGGAAGGACAAGGACGUGACGAGGCUCCAGGACUAUCAGGAGCUGGAGCUGGUGCUGUUGCGUUGUGAGGGUACUGUGCUCUCGAUGCAGGGGGCACUGACCGAGAGACCCUGCUACAACCCAGGGGCAGCCACACUCAUCUACUGACUGCUGCUGCUGAUACUGGGGCUAGUAACGGCCCUGUCCCAGCCCAUGGAGACGGGAGGUUAUGGCUGUAGGGCGGUUGGCGUUUCUGGGUCAGGUCAGGCGAGGAGGGCAGUGCCAGCUCAGUCUACGGUUUGUUUAGUACAUGGGUUAGUAGAUGGGUUUGAGGUGGUUGUGGCGGAGCUGCCCUUAACUGUCUCUGUCCCACACAUUUCCCCCCCCCACCUCCCUCCCUCAACCUGGUCAUCUGUCCCUGAGCCCCACACACUGGUCCCACCACCCCCCUCCCUCCCAAUGCCGCCACAGCCCUGCUCUUUGACUGAGACCCGCCGACAGGGCCCAUGCAUGGUCGUCCCUUCCAGUUGUGCCCCUGCCAUUGACAGCCCUGGUCCCUUGUCUCACCCAUCACCCAUCGGCCCCUAGCAAGUCCCACCCACUUCUCCUGGCCCUGCCCACCCACCUUUGUCCUUCAGCACUGCUCACGCAUCUCCCUCAGCCCCUGUGUCCUUCACCCAUCCCAGCUGUCCACCUCCCCCACCCUCUACCCCACCUCAUUAUUUCAUCUGUUAACAGACGGGACUGAACUGGAAACCACCUUUAUUUUUCUAUCUGGACCUGCACUGACCUGGAGCAGCCAGGACCUCAGUGAUCUCGGGGGCAGCAGAGUGCCCAGAUGCUGGUUCAGUGGCUGACCACUGCCCACACUCCAUCUGCCUAUGCAUUUAGAUAUUGCUAUUUUUCUAUACACUUUACUUUUCAGAAAUUAUAACCACACAAUAUUAAUUAUAGUUACUAAUAAAAUUUGAUUUGCAUUUAA